AUGAAUGGGAAACCACCAAAAUUAUACUCUUACAUUGCAAAAAUUGUGAAUGGACCUCAACCGGCGGCUCCGCCACGCAUUAAUCGGUUCCGCCAUCCUGUUGAUACCAAUACUAAAAUUCCUUCCGGGAAUUGCCAACAACAUGAACUGAAUGAGGGAAGAAGAACUAAAAUUGCUGAGGCAUUGCAGUGGCUGCGCGAGAGUCUGUCUUCUUACAGGAAGGAGGGAUUGGAAAUAGGAAUGAUCAUAGCUGUGUGGGAUGACCAGGAUGAAACGGAACGUGGCCUAUAUCGCAUGAAUGGCAAGGGGGAAGAAGUUAAAGAACUCUUAGUUGCCACUGGAUCUGGUUCUGUCACUGCAAUUUCUGCAUUUAUCUCUGAGAAGAUGCCAUAUAGUCACAGGAUGAUUACCAUAGAUGAAGCUGCAGACUUGGCCAAAAAGAUCACUUUGCAUGGGUUCCUUUAG